AUGUUAUUCUUAGGCUAUGUAGCAGCUAGUAUUCUACUUUAUUUUGCUAUAGUACGACCCAAUGAAAAAGAACGUGCUACUUUCGUUAGUGAGCAUACACGUGAUCUUCUUGUCAAUCGAACUGUUCAUGAUGCUUGGAUAAAAGAAAAAACUCGGCUGGUGAAAAUGAAGGACGAUGAUCUGAUGGUUGAUCAACAACGUGCAAAACGAGUUUUUGACCAAUUAGAUAAGAAAAAAAUGGAACAAUCGAUGGCGAAGAAAUCAAACGUUUGGCGUCUGGGCGAAAAGGCCACUAGUUAUGUUCAAGAAAGUAAAAAGCGCGAAGAUAAAGCGAAAGCACGUUUUGUCUUCAAUGAUUUAGAUACGGACUUGAGUGGUUACAUUGAUGCGAUUGAAUUACAAAAACUCUUGAUUCAAUGGGGUCUACCAGAAGACGAAGUCGAUGCUUAUCUUGCCGAGGAUGACGAUAAACGUUUUUCAUUUGAAGAAUUUUACAAAAUCUAA